GAUUUCAUGGUGUCGACCUAGACUCUGCUUCUGUUUAUGAUUUGUACAUACCAUCACAUGUGAGUUUUGAAAUUGUAAUCGAUUCUUUAUCAACCACUCCUAAUUGUAGAUUUUAGGGAAUUUUCGACCCUGAAGAAUAUUACAUAAUCGGAUGUUUGUUAAUUUCAAUACUUUCAUGUUUAUUUUAGUUAACUGAAUGUUUUCAAGCACAUGCCAUUAUUCCUCUACCAGGUAAUUUAUUUUAACUUACCAUUUGUAGCAGAGGCAGGAACUUCGCGAAAUAUUGGAGGGAGGGGGGGGGGGAUCCUGUUCCAACAUAUGACCACCUUUUGUAGCUGGAAAUCUUAGUUCUUUAAACUGUUACCUUACAUGUCUGCAACAUAUAGCUUAAUUUAUAGCCUACCGAUGCAUUCAUGGUUGGAAAGGUAUUGCUACAACUUUGUUACACAGAUAUUCAGCUAUCAUUCAAGGGUUUUCAGAAAUCAUGGGGGUUGUUGCCCCACCCCACUAAUAUCCGGCGUCGCACUGCAUGAAUUGCUGCAUGGUAGUACACUUAUUGUGCUAUACUGAUACAAAUUUCCACUAUUUCUUAUCCAGAAUCAAACGGACGAGAGUUACUUCUUUGUUUCAAUAGUAAGUAGAAAAGAAUAGUUGUGAUUGUUUUAUAGUAUUCUUAUUUUCUAAUUAUAAUGUUUCUUCCUCUCUGUCUUUGUUUAUAGACGAAGGUGUUUACGUAAACAAUUCUGGUAGUUUAGUCAAACAUGCUGUGAUGCAGUGGGGCGAAACACCAUAUGCUGUUGGUAAGACAAUAUUAAUUGGCUAAAGUGAAUAUUAUACUUAGGCACAUUUCAGGCAUCGAAUUCUUCAUGUGCGCAAUGUGGUUAAAGGAUAUGUUAAAGUGCGACUAACCACAAAUAUAAUUUAUACCACAAAUAUUUGGGUCAUUCGAAGACGAAAUGUAAUAUAUCUUUACAAUAAAAAAUCCCAUCUUGAUCAACUUUUUCACUGCCAAAGUUUGCGGAUAUGAUGUCAUUAGGUGAAUUGCAAAUUAGUUUUCCUUUGUCAGGGUUCGUACAAAACUUGAAAGUCCUUGAAUGUCCUUGAAUUUGAAAACAAAAAUUCAAGGCCUUGAAUGUCCUUGAAUUUGUAAAGAAGUACUUGAAUGUCCUUGAAUUCUUCUUGCUUUAGUUUUUGGAUAUUUUCUGAAAUUGUUUGACAUUCAAGACGGACAUUUUGUUGAACUGAUUUUGCAUGUUCAUAUCUGACCUCAUUAUAAAGUUACGUUUUGAACAAUUCAACGUCAUAUUUUACUGAUUUCUAACGCCUUCUCUUCAGUAUUUAGUCCUUGAAUUUGCUGAUAUAUGGCCUUGAAUGUCCUUGGAAAGUCCUUGAAUUUGACUCUUCCUGACAUGUACGAACCCUGCUUUGUUUUUUGCAUCGAAAAUUCACCUAAUGACAUCAUAUCCGGAAACUUUGACAGUUAAAACGUUGAUCAAGAUGAGGUUUUUUACUAUAAAUGUAUAUUACAUUUCUUCUUAGAAUGACCCAAGUAUUACACAUACCAAAAACUAUAUUUGUGGUUAGUCGCAUUUUAACAUUUAUUUGCCUUAAAUAAUUCCGAGUACUUCGAAUUCAGAACCGCGUAGAUCGCGAGAAUUUAUACUACUGUAUGUCUAUGAUGUCACCCUGUCUCGUUUGGUUGAUUCGAAGUAAUUUUACUGCUGAUUUUUAAUUCGAUUGAAUGUUGUAAGGCGUAAAAAAACAUACAUGUGGUUCCGGUUCCCGACCGACCCUAUUUUUUUCUGCCGACCCUAUUAUUUUUUCAACGCGAUUGACUGUUGCGAACCUAUUUUCUCCGGGUGGUUGCGGGCUGCUGCCAAAAUGGCGUCUGUUGUCACACUAAUUAUUGAAAAAACCAUGAAAAAAUAUUCAAAAAAAAAUUAUUUCCAACCUACUGACCAUAAUUUUUUCGCGAUAUGAAACCGGAACCACAGGUAUUUUUUUUACGCCUAAUCGAAGCUAAUUCUGGAAGAGAAUAUAUUUUCGAUUAUUUAGAUUUUAGAAAUGUAUCAAACAGUAUAUGCCAAUAUAUAUUUUACAAUUCUUGAUCUCGAAAUUUUUAACAAUCCAGUGGAGACCACUGAAAUUGCGAGUUUAUAUAUUGACAUCACUUCAGAAAAAAAGCCUUUUCUAAUGUUCCGCUCCUUAUUUAGACGUGUCUGACUCUGUGCCCAAAAAACCUGACCCAUAUCUUUCUAUCGAGAUAUAUAAACGUUUGGGCUUUCCAUCUAAAAAGAUUACAUACGCCAGAAUAAGAAUCGUAUACGACUAAUCGUAACGUGUAGGCCUGCCUUAAAACUAACUUUGUACUUUGCCUCGUAGCUCAUGUUGGUACAGGCCAAGUAAUGGGUUGGGGUGAGAAAGCUAUUGAAGUUCGGUCAGUUCAAACAGGACAUUUAGACGGAGUUUUUAUGCAUAAAAGAGUACAAGCAUUCACAUUCCUUUGCGAAAGAAAUGAAAAGGUAAAUCUAUAUAACCAUAAAAGCAUCUUAUUACAAGUACAACCUCCUUUAGGUACGAAACCAUAGAUAUAGGAGAUCUAGAUUGCUGACGCAUACCUAGCGCAGGCGGGGCCUACAUGAUAAAUCCAAGAUGGCGGUACAAGAGGGCAGAAAGACUAUAGAUUCUAUUACGAAAAUCAGGGUUUUUUGCAGUUUUUGCCGUCGCAUUGUUUCGAAACUUAUUCGGUCAAGUUUUAUGGUAAAGAGAAACUUACCGCGAAGAUUUUGAGCAUAUAUAUGAUUGAAUUGGAUGAAAACUCGCAAAAUUAUCCAUCGAUAAAAGUUCGUGUGAAAUGGUCACUUGGUCAGUUCGAGCGUUUCAUUGCCAGAAAUACUGUGCUAUGUUAACAUCUAGCCUUGUAAAUGGUAUUUUACACUUGCAACAAACAUUGUGAAAGCUGCAGUAGAGAAAUAGCAUGAGAAAUAAUUGUGGUGGUCGUAUUCGCUCAGGUCAAGAAUGCCCAAGACUUGGAUUUUGGAAUCAUGAAAUGGACAUAUAUUGUAUUUAUACUGUCCAGUCAAGAUUGUUUAGUGUAUUUUGAAUGGAUUUAUGGUUUUACGUCUUUUAUAGAUAGGUAUCCGAUAGCUGAUAUUUUGGAGUAAAAACCAUGCUUAUGAGUCUAUGACAGUAACUAUAUUCUUUUUCAAUAUAAAAUUAUAAUUGUGUUAUUGUACCUGUCAUUUAGGUAACUGCCACAUUUUUUUUUGUAUUUUUCAGUAUGCAUAAUACUUAAGUGGAAUUGUAUUUUAUAAACAUUUGAACUGGCAUAUUAUAUUUUAAUUAUUGUAAAUAUGUGAUCUAGGGAAUAGGGGCCUUAAAUGGUAGCCAUGUGGUUUCUGUUAGGUCCCUAGCCAGCUAGCCCCAAUUCUUGUAAAUACUAAAUUUUCUUUGAUUUACUUUUUGGACAAAAUAAAUAAAUAGUGUGGCAAGUAAAAAAUAUUACUUAUUAUUAUUUAUGCAGACUAUACAGUAUGCAAGUGUAAAAUCAUAUUUCUUAGUUCAAACAAGUUUGAUGGAUAUAUAUAUAUUUGUUGAAAUGCAGUAUUGUAUAAUAUUUUAGAACAUAAGGAGUUGUUCAAUAAUAUAUAAGCACUUUUUUAACUGACCUGCCCCGAUUGUCAUCACUUGUCAUCAUCUGCUCCAUCCCCAUAAUUAUGAAAAAUAAUGAGAUCUGAGACCAUAAUAUUGGUAAUUUUAUAAAUUUAGUAGUAAGAAUAAUCAAGUAUGAAACUUUCAAAUCAAAUUAUAUAUAAUUUGAGGGGGUGCAAAAACUUUUGGGGGCAGUGGCAAAUGCCUCUGGGGGGGGGGGUGCAAAUCAUUUCUGGGGGGUCCAGAAAAUCCAUGCCUGGAGGGCACUGGAUGAGAGUCUAUCAUCUAUGGUCUGUUAUAAUUUGCUUUUUAUGCAAAUAGUGAGCAAAAAAGCAAAACUGUACAAGUUACAUAUAUAGUACUAUAAUAUUGUUUAACACCAUAUGGCCAUGAUAUUUGAAAUUUGUUUAUUAAAGUUGCAUUAAAUUGUUUCUACAAUGAAUGAACUUGAUGAUAUGUUUCAUAAUUAUCCCCCCCCCCCUUCGAUGUAAUGAGCAGCCCCUUCCUGACUAUGGCAAUGACAUACCAGUAGCAGUCCUUAAUUAACAUUGUUUCACAAUAAUCUUCUCAUCAUAUUUUCACUAAAAUGCUAUGAAAUAUUUAACUAUUUUUGAAUGAGUUAAUGGUCAAGUAUUAAAAGACAGAGCUGCCCAGAGCUUUUUGGGGGUCCAGUUGCAAAUUGCCCUAACUGCUCUCUGCCUCCCUCUGGGCGGCCCUGUUAGAAAAUAAAGCAUUGAUAUUCUAUUAAUACUGAAAUUUCUUGCGUACUGUGCAUUCAUUUUUUAAUUGUGGAGAAUAACAGCCAACCUUCCUUGCCUGAUCACACAUAUGGUCAAUCAUGCUUUUCCAUGCCGGCAGUCUGAUUUCUUUCAAGAGCUAUGGUAGUCUGAACUCAUCCUUUUUGGAAACGACUAGCAAACUAUAAAAUUAUUAAACGGCGUGUUUUGACGUUAAAAACAAUCUUACGUUCACAACGGCGGGAAGUAUAUAAUCCUAAACUAGAUUUUACGUUUAAACAGUAUAAAAUACCAUUUACAAGGCUAGAUGUUAACAUAGCACAGUAUUUCUGGCAAUGAAACGCUCGAACUGACCAAGUGACCAUUUCACACGAUCUUUUAUCGAUGGAUAAUUUUGCGAGUUUUCAUCCAAUUCAAUCAUAUAUACGCUCAAAAUCUUCGCGGUAAGUUUCUCUUUACCAUAAAACUUGACCGAAUAAGUUUCGAAACUAUGCGACGGCAAAAACUGCAAAAAACCCUGAUUUUCGUAAUAGAAUCUAUAGUCUUUCUGCCCUCUUGUACCGCCAUCUUGGAUUUAUCAUGUAGGCCCCGCCUGCGCUAGGUAUGCGUCAGCAAUCUAGAUCUCCUAUAUCUAUGUACGAAACGUUCAUGUAAGCAAAUAUAAUGGGGAAUUAGGAAGUUGUCCGCUGCUUUUACCAUAAAUAGCGAAGAUGAUGUCAUACCUUGGAUUUAAUGAUUCAGUCAUUCAAUAGAAAGGAAAUAUUGCCUCCGCUACGUUCUAACCGCACUCAUGCAUGAUAAACUCAUUUUCGUCAAGGGCUUAACUCGAAGAAGGAAUCAGAAUUUCGAGUUAAGCAGUAUAAAACACAGGGGCUUAACUCGAAGUAAGUCAUAUUAAGGCAUUUGAUACUCGAGUUAAGCCCCUGAAUCAUGUAAAUGAGCGACGCAAAUUCGACUCGCCCAGUCUAGUCCUAGGAGAGAGUCCUAGUACUAUUAGAUCAUUCGCGGAAAUAAUCAAAAUAAUUAAAAUAAUUUUGGAAGAUUACAGCAAUUUAGUUUCGAAAGUUGUAUACAACAAGGUCGGUUUUAUAUGUUAUAUACCACUCCGUGUUAGAGUGGCGUUACUGACUUACCAUGUUGACAAGGUUUAGAAAGAGUGCCGCGCUGCGAGUUUCUUUGUUUGAGUUAAGUCCUUGACGAAAGUUGGUGUGGUUUGGGCGUGGCCGGGUAUAACUCGAAGACUGUAGGGCUUAACUUGAAGACGUCACAAAAGGGGAAAGCUUCGCUGCGAGGGGGGGGGGGGGUUAACAGAAAAAAUUACGUUUGUUCUGUUUACUUAGAUAGUUUAUUCCGAUAGUAGAUGAGAGGAGCUUCUGUUGGGAAAACUACCUGUGACAGACUUAGCUGUACCGGCCAGGGAAUUCUUGUGCUCCUUCCGUUUAUACACAGACGGGAGAUAAGCGCAGUCUCCGACCCAAUGCCGAGUAAGAGUUAUAUGUUUGUUUCUGCCUCCGUUUAGAUUUUCUUUGCCUCGAAGACCAGCGCGAGCUCGCAAGUUUAUUACAUGACGCUGA